GCCCCCGCCGAGCCCCGCGGCCGCCCUCCCGCCUUCAAUGUGACACCGGCGCCUCGGAGUGCGAGCCGCAGCCGCCGCCGCCGCCGCCGCCACCGGGGAGGGCCGAGCACCAUGUCGAAUCUGAGCAAAGGCACGGGCAGCCGGAAGGACACCAAGAUGCGGAUCCGGGCCUUUCCGAUGACCAUGGAUGAAAAAUAUGUAAACAGCAUUUGGGACCUUCUGAAAAAUGCAAUUCAAGAAAUCCAGCGUAAGAAUAACAGUGGUCUUAGUUUUGAGGAGCUCUAUAGAAAUGCAUAUACAAUGGUUUUGCAUAAACAUGGAGAAAAGCUCUACACUGGACUAAGAGAAGUUGUUACUGAACAUCUCAUAAAUAAGGUGCGAGAAGAUGUACUAAAUUCAUUGAAUAACAACUUUCUUCAAACAUUAAAUCAAGCUUGGAAUGAUCAUCAAACAGCCAUGGUGAUGAUUAGAGACAUACUAAUGUAUAUGGACCGUGUAUAUGUACAACAAAAUAAUGUAGAAAAUGUCUACAAUUUGGGAUUAAUAAUUUUUCGAGAUCAAGUUGUACGUUAUGGGUGUAUUAGGGAUCAUCUUCGGCAAACUUUGUUGGAUAUGAUUGCCAGAGAGCGGAAAGGAGAAGUUGUAGACAGAGGAGCAAUAAGAAAUGCUUGCCAGAUGUUAAUGAUUUUAGGCCUUGAAGGAAGAUCAGUCUAUGAGGAAGAUUUUGAGGCUCCUUUUUUGGAAAUGUCUGCAGAAUUUUUUCAGAUGGAAAGCCAGAAAUUUUUAGCAGAAAACAGUGCUUCGGUAUAUAUAAAGAAAGUAGAGGCUAGAAUUAAUGAGGAAAUAGAGCGGGUGAUGCACUGCCUUGACAAAUCCACAGAAGAGCCGAUUGUGAAGGUGGUUGAAAGGGAACUCAUUUCCAAGCACAUGAAGACAAUUGUAGAAAUGGAGAAUUCUGGGCUAGUGCAUAUGUUGAAAAAUGGAAAGACAGAAGACCUUGCUUGCAUGUACAAAUUAUUUAGUCGUGUGCCAAAUGGUUUGAAGACAAUGUGUGAAUGUAUGAGUUCUUACUUGAGGGAACAAGGAAAAGCCCUUGUUUCUGAGGAAGGAGAAGGGAAGAACCCUGUUGACUAUAUCCAGGGUUUAUUGGACCUGAAGAGUAGGUUUGACCGCUUCCUCCAAGAGUCCUUCAAUAAUGACCGGCUCUUUAAACAGACUAUUGCUGGGGACUUUGAGUAUUUUCUAAACCUCAACUCCAGGUCUCCUGAAUACCUCUCAUUAUUUAUUGAUGAUAAGCUGAAAAAAGGAGUCAAAGGGCUAACAGAACAAGAAGUAGAAACAAUAUUGGAUAAGGCAAUGGUCCUUUUUAGGUUUAUGCAAGAAAAAGAUGUAUUUGAACGUUACUAUAAACAACACCUGGCAAGGAGACUGCUCACAAAUAAAAGUGUUUCCGAUGAUUCUGAAAAAAAUAUGAUUUCUAAAUUAAAGACUGAGUGUGGAUGUCAGUUCACAUCGAAACUGGAAGGAAUGUUUAGGGAUAUGAGCAUCUCAAACACAACUAUGGAUGAGUUCAGGCAACAUCUACAGGCAACAGGGGUAUCUUUAGGUGGUGUUGAUCUCACAGUCCGGGUUCUCACAACGGGAUAUUGGCCCACUCAGUCAGCCACACCAAAGUGCAACAUCCCCCCAGCACCAAGACAUGCUUUUGAGAUAUUUAGAAGGUUCUACUUAGCCAAACACAGUGGUCGACAGCUCACACUCCAGCAUCACAUGGGUUCUGCAGAUCUCAAUGCUACCUUUUAUGGUCCAGUUAAAAAGGAAGAUGGAUCUGAGGUUGGUGUUGGCGGUGCACAAGUAACUGGUUCUAAUACCCGGAAGCACAUAUUGCAAGUCUCCACUUUCCAGAUGACCAUAUUAAUGCUCUUUAAUAAUAGAGAGAAAUACACGUUUGAGGAAAUUCAACAAGAGACAGAUAUCCCUGAAAGAGAACUUGUUAGAGCCCUCCAGUCCCUCGCCUGUGGUAAACCAACACAGCGGGUCCUCACAAAAGAACCCAAGUCAAAGGAGAUAGAAAGUGGCCACAUAUUUACAGUUAAUGAUCAGUUCACAUCCAAACUACACAGAGUCAAGAUUCAAACAGUUGCAGCCAAACAAGGUGAAUCUGACCCAGAAAGGAAAGAAACAAGACAGAAAGUAGAUGAUGACAGAAAACAUGAGAUAGAAGCUGCUAUAGUGCGAAUAAUGAAGUCUAGGAAGAAGAUGCAGCACAAUGUUUUAGUAGCAGAGGUAACUCAACAAUUGAAGGCUCGAUUCUUACCAAGUCCAGUUGUUAUUAAGAAACGUAUUGAAGGACUUAUUGAGAGAGAAUAUUUGGCACGAACCCCUGAGGAUCGCAAAGUAUACACAUACGUAGCAUAAAAUGCAUUCAGAAAUUUGAUUUAUUCUUGGACUGUACUCUUCGCAUGGACUGGGAAGUUCUUUUAAAUCAUUACUAUUAAGACGACCAUCUCUUCUGUUAAAUUGCAGUACAUGUUAUAGACCACUCAGAUCAAGCCUCCUCCCUCUGAGAGUUUUCAACAUCAGUUGAUUGAGCUUCAGGCUUUCCAACGUUAUCCCUGUAGAGAUCAUCUUUACAGUUCCUCGGGAAAAUGUGAAUGUGCCGCGUUUUGUUUUCAAUAUUGUAUGAAAACAGGAAAAAAUAAACAAAUUUAGAAAACACAGCUCAUUAAAAUAAAAUUGUUGGAUUUCAUUUCCCCAGGUCUUCAGUGUUGAUGUAAAUGUGUUUCUGUAGUGUUGCUUAUUAGCACUUUGCGCAUUGUGUAAGUUGGGUAGCAAAAAUGGCAAAAGAAACGCAAAAUUCCCAGUUAAUCUUGCUCUGCUUGUGACAUUUUCUUAGCUGGUAUUGUUUAAAGGUUUGAUAAAUAUACAAAGGUCCAGGCAUACAAUUGGCGCAUGCUUAUCCUAUCACUUGCACUUACUAAUCUUCCAGCCUUAUGACCAGGAACCUUUGUUUGGACAUGAGUACAUACUCUGAGUUGUUUUGUCCCUGUUGUAAUUUGAGGGUUCCAAAUUCAGUUCUAAGAGGAUUAGGUUUUGCUCUGAGUUAUUUCUAGAGAAAGAAAAUAUUUUAGUAUGUAUAAAUUGUACAAUAAUUUUUUGCUGUUGUACUUAAUGCUAAUAGUGGAUUGUAUAGGGUGGUGUUUUUAUUUCAUUUAUUGUAGACAAAAAAUGAAUGAAUUUAGUAUUCACAUACACAGUAACUCAAGUAUGUCAGAGCACAAAGGUGGCAGCUGGUUAUAUUUAAUUCAGUCCCUUUGAAAAGCACAUACAUUCUACCCUUUGUUUAUAAAUAUCUUAGCCCCCAUAUCUAUCUCUCUCUCUCUCUCUCUCUCUCUUUCUCUCUAUCUAUCUCUCUAUCUCUAUCUCUCUCUCUCACACACACACACACACACAGACACACAUACAGACACACACACACAUUUGAAAUAUAUUGGUCAAGCUGUGGUACACCAUUAAUUGUCUGUUUCAAAAUGCAAUCUAAAGAUGCAAUAAAUAGAUUACCUUGAUAGUUUGAAGGAAGUCUUCAGUUCUUGCAGCUGUGUUUUGAAAGUGAUUAAGCAAUAUUUUUCAAAUGUGAUGAUUCUUGGGUAUUUAGCUCUCCGUUGUCCUCUGAGGAGUCAUUUUCAUGUUUGCAGAGAUGUGCUUUGUGCUGGAGAUUUGUGUCCGUUACUCUGUGCUUCCAACCAUCACUGAAGUUGUUUUCUACCCAAUUAAUUGAUCUCCAAGGAUUAUAGUUUGCUUUAACGUCAGAGUAUUUUUAUCUUUUAUUUUAUUUAAUUUUAUUCCUUUUUUUCUCUUACAAGAUAAUAUUUUAGAGAUGUAAUUAGGGGAAACCACUAUAGAUUUCUGUCAGAAAAUUGUUACUGAGUUCAAGUAACCCACUCUCCAUUUAAUAUCAAUACUGUUGAUAUACUUUUUGGAAUGUAUGUCUCAGAAGAUGGUUUCUGUUUAAAUUUAUGGUGAAGUUACAAUAACUGAAUUCUAAUAUGGAUUAAAAACUCCACGUAAAUAUUUUC